AUGUCAGAACUACGAGAUUUUACUCAGCUAUUCCGCCUUGACGGCAAGGUUGCUAUCGUCACUGGCGGCUCUCGCGGUUUAGGCCUGCACACCGCAACUGCAUUCCUGCUCGCCGGCGCACACAAAGUCAUCCUCGUGGCCCGCAAAGCCGAGGGGCCCCAGGGCCUGAACCAAGCAGUCGAACGACUCAACGCGCUACCCAACAUCCCCGGAACAGCAAUCGGCCACGUCGCGGACCUGUCCAACCUCUCCGAAAUCGAAAAACUCGUCCAACGCCUCAAAUCCGAACCCCGCGUCGACAUCCUCGUCGGAAACGCCGCAGCAACAUGGGGCGGCGCCUUUGAACCGACGCCUGAUUCCGCGGUAUCCAAAGUUCUUGACCUCAAUGUCCGGAGCAUUUUCAACCUCACACGCCUGCUCACCCCGCUCCUCGAACGGUCCGCAACGCCAACCUCUCCGUCAAGAAUUAUCAUCGUCGGCGCAAUCGCUGGCCUCUCUGUCCCCGUCGUCGGCGAGCACGGGACGAUCAUGUAUGCUGUCUCCAAGGCAGCUGCGCACCACCUCGCGACCAAUCUGGCCGUUGAGCUGGGGCCGCGUGGGAUCUGCUCGAAUGCGGUGGCGCCCGGCUUCUUUCCUUCGAAGCUGGCGAACGGGCUGAUUGAGCAUCUUGGAGGUGCGGAGGCGAUGGCCAGUGCCAAUCCCAGGAGGAGGUUGGGUGUUCCGGAGGAUAUUGCUGGUGUCAUGUUGUUUCUUUGUAGUGCUGCCGGCGCGUAUGUUAAUGGGGCUGUUAUUCCUGUGGAUGGGGGGAAUCAUUUGCAGAGUGGGACGUUUUCGAAGCUUUGA